GCACAUUACGUUGGUAUAUAUGCAUGUGUGUAAUUAAGUAUAUAUAAUAAAUGGCAGAGGAUUUAAACUCUUUCCGGAAUCACCGGAAUUUGUUUCUCUGCCAACAUGGUCUGACAAAUGUAAUCACAUACAUACAUACAUACAUACUAUAUUCAUAAAUCAAGGUCUUUCCGGUUAACGGGUAGAAAAAUAAAAUUAAAAUAAAUUACACGGGUUUACAAUAAAAACUCUAAAUACGAUUUAUUAUAAUUAUUUUUGGGACUGUUAUAAUCCGGCCAUUAAUAUAUUUCUUCGAGUAUAAAAAAAAAACUAUAUUGUAUCGUGUUGUUAUCGUCAAAUUCGUUUACGAUGCCUUGCUUUUAAAAACGUUGUCAAAUUUUUUCGUCUUUUUUUUUAACGAGGGGUUAACUAGAUUUACGUCAUUAAGAAUUUUUAUUAUAUUUCUUUAGUCGGUUUUUUCUGACCUCACUUUUAAUGCAGUAAGUUUAAUCUUCGAAGAAGUGCAUUCUUUCGCAACGUUGUCGCUAAAUGUUUAAACGAUAAAAUAUAUUUCAAAAUAAUUAAACAUAAAAGUAAACAAGAAAUGCCUCUUUGCGCAAGAACGCACGCUUAACUUAUUGUUUCUGUAUUUUACAAAAUCAAAUAUUUUCGUUCGGUUAUUUUAAACAAUAUUUCCAUUUAUAGCAAAUAUAAAAAAAAAAAGUAAUUACGUAUUUCAGAUAAUAGAAAAAGCGAGUCUUCUUCUUCUUCUUUUUUAGUAAUUGCACUCGUACGAUUCGCAGUUAUAUAGUGAAGGUACAUUGACGUAUUAUCGGAACGAGGGUUAUCGUGCCGGACGAUAAACAAAUUGACCCAAGAAAUUUUAAGAAAAAAAUGGAUAAAAGGACGGUGGAUCAUCAUUGUGAUAAUAACGGGGCAGACGACCGAACGAUUAAAAAUCAACGAAAGGAAAUGGAUUAUCAGCAUUACGUUAAAUGCAGCAAACAGCUGCAGACGAGUGAAAGGGCAUGCGAUAAAAGGAUUUCUAUGGAAUUGACGGAAGAAGAGGAAUACGAAGAAGAUGAAGAAGAGGAAGAAGAAGAAGAAGAGGGCAAAGAAAAAAAGAAGAAGAUGGUAUCAUCAAAUCAUCACGCAAAUCCAGAGAUUAAAACAGAGACGAGACUUGGUCUGUGCUCUGUUUGUCAUCUCAGUCUAACUGGGAAAACUACAGACGAGACGAAUGUUGCUUUAAAACGAACAUCUAUUUCUUUCCAAGGACAUCUCUUGUGUCGUCGUUGCAUAGAACACUAUUCCUUUCAAUCAGAAGGACAUAAAAUGAUGGACUCUACCUAUCCUGAUAAUUGCAAUGUCGAACAAAAUGAUGCCAAAUAUUAUCAGCAACAAAGUUACUUUAACUUGUUACGGAAAGAUGACCGAGAUCACUACGGUUCUGAAUUAAAAUUCAAUGUACAAACUACCUGGGAAUGUUCUCGUAGACCAAUACGCUGUCCUCGCGUCGAUUGUUCCGUUAACGUUGCUUUUUCGGCAUUAACGCAUCAUUUCCUUUUCGAUCAUCCGGAAGUACCUAUUCUGAGCGUCGAUCCUGGGCUGAAAAGUACAUUGAUCGUUGGUUUCUCAGCACUUUCUUAUAACACCAGUCGAUGUUUAGCUCUUCUACUGGUAUCUGGUAAAUUAUCAGACUCUGCUGCACGAUUGUUCAAUAGUAACCAGAUCAAUCCUAAAUAUCGGAAUCGUCUACCACUUCCACUAUUAGCUGCUCGUUUACACCCCACAAAUAGUUAUUCAUUUUCCAAUGAAGUUUAUGCUAGUGGAGAAGGUCAAUGCGAAAGGAAUAUAAUAAUCGUCUGGAUCGCGGGAUUGGAUAUCGGAAAUGCUGCAGAUAUUCUCCGAUAUACUAUUCAAGUCGUAGAUAAUAUCGAUAACGAAAGUUUUCGAUCGUUAACAUUUACGGGUCCAAUAAAUUCACUGAGGACUGCACAACGUCCCCAAGAAGUUUUCUUUAAAGGUGAUUGUAUCGUUCUUCACGAAGGUUUGAUCGGUCAUAUUACUUCUGGCUGCACCAAUCUCAACUUAAACGUUAUCAUACAUUAGUCACGUUUUCGAUAAUCGGAGAAUAUUUUAUGUUGAUAAUUUGACGCAAAUCAUUAACGAGAAAAUACUCGUUUGCGAUAUUAGAUUAUUAUGAAA